AUGAUCCCCGAAUGUCCACGCGCCGGGGACUCGAGGAGCCGGAGCCGCGUCCAGCACCGCCCGGCAGCAGAAGCGAGCCGUGGCCGCGGCGCCAGCGGCUUGUUGUCCGAUAUCCAAACCACCAUCAGCAGCGACGCUUUCACCGACCACUACACCCUCAUCCCGGGGAAGGAGCUCGGAAGGGGGAAGUUUGCUGUGGUCAGAAAGUGUGUGGAGAAAUGCACGGGCCACGAGUACGCCGCAAAGUUCAUGAGGAAAAGACGGAAAGGCCAAGACUGCCGGAUGGAGAUCAUCCACGAGAUCGCAGUGCUGGAGCUGGCCACAGCCAGCCAUCGGGUGGUCAACCUCCACCAGGUCUACGAGAUGGCUUCUGAGAUGGUGCUGGUCCUGGAGUUUGCUGCUGGAGGUGAGAUCUUCAACCAGUGCGUGUCAGACGAGGAAGACGAGGCCUUCAGUGAGGAGGACGUAAAGAGGCUCAUGAGGCAGAUCCUGGAGGGAGUGUCCUUUCUCCACCAGAACAAUGUAGUCCACCUGGACCUGAAGCCUCAGAACAUCCUACUGACCAGCAGCUCUCCUCUGGGGGACAUCAAGAUCGUGGACUUUGGUCUGUCCAGGAUGGUGAGCAGCCACCAGGAGCUCAGGGAGAUCAUGGGGACUCCGGAGUACGUCGCUCCUGAGGUUCUGAACUAUGAGCCCAUAAGCACAGCUACAGAUAUGUGGAGCGCUGGUGUUCUGGCCUACGUGAUGCUGACGGGGAUCUCCCCGUUCCUGGGCGAGAACAAGCAGGAGACCUUCCUCAACAUCUCUCAGCUCAACGUGAGCUACAGCGAGGAGGAGCUGCAGCAGCCUGACCGGACCGCCCUGUCCUUCAUCCAGACGCUGCUCCGCAAGCAGCCACAGGAUCGGGCCACAGCCGAGCAGUGUCUCAAACACCCCUGGCUUCAGUUCUCAGAGGUUCAGGAACCCCAGACGGCAGUGGAGGAACAGCAGGCAUCCAGCUCCACCAGUAGCUCCACCAGUAGCUCCACCAGUAGCCCUGAACCUGCCAGCAGCACAACCACGGCUGAGGAAGAGGACGGGGGGGUCCCGGUGACGGAGGAGCUGAUAGUGGUGGCCGCCUACACGCUGGGUCAGUGCCGCCAGUCAUCCUCCUCAGAGAAGGAGGCCCUGGCUGCCGAGCAGGAGGCCAUCUCCAAGCGCUUCAAGUUCGAGGAGCCUUUCAGUGCGUUGCAGGCGGUCCCUGGGGAGUUCAUCUACUGA